UUGGAGUCAAUUCGGCAUCUGUGCAUGCAGUCCACUAGCUAGUACUAAUGCUCCACAGACUCAGUGUGUUGUCUGAACUAAGCUACUGACUGAGAGGCUGAACAUGGACUGCAAGUUGUGCUACAGUUGUGUUCUAGUGUGGAUGCUGCAUUCCCUGUCAACAAAUGCUGCCCCAGGCCAAAGCCAUACAAAUCCAAGACCACCCAACUUCAUAUUUAUCCUCGCUGAUGAUCUUGGCUACGGAGACGUUGGUUACAAUGGAGGUAGGGCACACACCCCUCACAUAGACACACUCUCGAGAGGCCCACACAGUGCAAGAUUCAACCGUUUCUACAGUGGCGCUCCAGUUUGUACGCCCACGAGAGGAACACUGUUGACAGGACGCAACCACAACCGUUACUGUCUCUGGAAAGCAAACACUCCCGGGAAAAAGUGUCGCUCCCGGAGCGAUGACUUUAACUGCCCAGCCCAAGUGCUCUUACCGGACUCUGAAAUUACAGUCGCUGAAAUUCUCCAAAAGGAGGGCUACCGAACGGCUGUAUUUGGAAAAUGGCAUCUUGGAGAUCUAAAACAGCUGCCUGGAGGAAAACUGCCCUCGAGCCCAGGAAACAAUGGAUUUGAUGCAUGGAAAGUUACAGAACGCUCUGCUCCCACCUCCACUCCAAACUGUGCCUGUUUCGACAAGUCGCUAUGCAACCUGGGCCAUUACUCGAGUAUUAGCCCACCCCCGUGCACCAACUAUCAUUCCCGCUCACCAGGUUCUGACACACUGACAGCACACGCAGAACCUAUACUCAAAGAUGACUCAGAAUUUGUUGUUGAUCUGUUUGAAGAAUUCCUACAAGAUGUUGUUUCAAGUCAAGAAACAAAACCAUUUUUUGUUUAUCUACCACUUCAUGGAGUACAUCAACGAUUCAUUGCAACCUCUCCAUAUGAUUCUCCCUACAAAAAUAACUUAACUCUUAGUACAGAAGAAAUUGAUUAUUUUGCUACCGUAACAGCCAUUGAUAGUGCAGUUGGGAGAGUGAGAGACAUGCUUAAAGCAUACAACCUGAGUGACAAUACGAUGCUCUGGUUCGCAAGUGAUAAUGGACCAGAAAACGGGACACCUGGCGAGACAGGUGGCCUCAGAGAUAGGAAAGGAAGUUUACACGAAGGUGGUAUUCGUGUUCCAGGCAUAAUCGAAUACCCAGCCCUAAUGAACACUAAUUUAGUGUCGGACAUCCCUAUAAUUACAAAUGACUUCCUCCCCACAGUGUGCGAUGUAUUGAACAUACCAGUACCCACAGACAGGCCGUUAGAUGGCAUCUCAAUUCUACCCUUCUUGAGUAAAGAUGCCGAGAAACGAAAUUCAACUAUAAAAUGGGCAUUCAAGAUCAAAGGAGAUUUCAAUCAAGGACGAUACAGUGCUGCUAUACUGGACGAUAACUAUAAACUUGUUGCUAACUAUUCGAAAGGAAUUUUUCAGAAAGCAGCCUUGUAUGACCUCAGUGUUGACAAGAGCGAACAAUCUAAGAUCAACUUUUUGCUGAAUUAUAAAGAAAUGAGCAUGUAUACAAAGCUAACGAAAGAACUAGAAGAAUGGAGACAGUCAGUGGAACACAGCGCAUCAGAAUGUCUUAAAAAACAAGAUACUUAAUAUAAUUAUGCUAUCAUUUUUUUGAUUCAUACUCCUCCUCUCACGAUACAUGCCAAUCAACUAUAACAUAGAAACAAGCAGGUGUCCCGGUGUGUUAAUUAUGUGCUAAUAAUUGCUCAAGAUUAUUGUCAUUGUGCGUUCUGUUGUUUUUUGAUUCCUUAGUGUUCAUAAUUAUUACAAAUUAAAAUCA